ACUUUGCAGCCAGUCAGCGCGAGAAUGUCGAGCUGGUCGCUUUGUGCGCUUCUUCUGGCCUGCGCGGUGCACGCCGUGCUUGGAUCCGUGGACUUGGCUGCUUCCCUGGAUCCCUCGCUGCUCGAGAACGUGGACGUGGACCAGCUGAAGGCCAGCUACCUGCCGCCGGGGCUGCAGAACGCCAAUGUCACCUUGGCGGACUUCCAGAAGCUGCUGCAGUCGAAGUGCGAGAAGGCCAAUGCCAACUUGCCGAAGGGCUCGGUGAACGGCACCGCACUGGGCAAGUCCAUCGAGGAGGCGGGCCUGCAGCUGGUCGAGUGCCUCGCCGGAUUGGCCAACGUGACGGAGAUCCAGGCGGAGAUCGAGGAGGCGAGUCCCAAGGGCGAUCUGGACGUGGUCUUCGAGAAGUACUGCCUCCGCCUGCCGCAGGCCAAGAGCUGCCUCAAGAACUUCAACGACGCCCUGCUGCCCUGCCUGACCACGGAUGAGAAGGCGCACAACGCGGUGCUGCAGAGGAUCGCGGACAAGCUGCUGGAGUUCAUAUGCUACAAGAACGGCGACCAGAUCGCCCUCUUCAUCGCCGAGGAGGGACCCGAGUGCCUGCAGCAGAGUCGCGACGGCAUCGCCAGCUGCCUGAACUCCUCCUUCGCCGGCUACCUGCCCAAGGCGUUCAGCCCGGAGUGGGACCUGCCCCAGCUGGUCCUGGGCCCGAAGCAGUGCGUCGAUCUCUACGCCUUCGAGACCUGCACCGUCACUCUGCUCGAGAAGUGCCGCACGAUCACGCCCAGCAACAUUGUGGAGUCCAUGUUCCGGUACGUGCGGAAGGAGUCCUCCUGCCAGCCCCACAUCGACCGGGUCAAGCAGCAGCACCGCCGCGCCCUGCCCCUGCCCCUGACCAGUGGAUCAUCCGCAUCAUCCGUAUCCCCGCAUCUCACCUGGACCUCCGCUGCGAGCCUGCUAAUGGCCACUUUGCUCUCCCGACGACUCUCCUAGCUGCGCUUCGCUCCCUUGCCCCUCCCUUUUUUUUGAUACUUUAUAAUUAUGUUUAAUAAACUUUGCAAAGUCGGGAACGGAGUGGAGUCCCUGCCCGGACGGACUGCCGCCCGGCGUAAGCCGCUUAA